GUCCGGAAAUCUCUUGAAGGUGAAUCGGAGCAAGAUAAACGGUGCGAAGCGGAGGCGCGCGGCGGGGCUCAGAGCGGCGGCGGCGGCGGCGGCUCCGGCGGCGGCGGCGGCGGCUCNAGCAAGAAAUCCAAAGAGCAAAAGGCCCUGCGACUGAACAUCAACGCCCGGGAGCGCCGGCGGAUGCACGACCUGAACGACGCGCUGGACGAGCUGCGCGCCGUGAUCCCCUACGCGCACAGCCCCUCGGUGCGAAAGCUCUCCAAGAUCGCCACGCUGCUGCUCGCCAAGAACUACAUCCUCAUGCAGGCGCAGGCCCUGGAGGAGAUGAGGCGCCUCGUCGCCUAUCUCAAUCAGGGCCAGGCCAUCUCUGCCGCCUCCCUGCCUAGCUCCGCGGCCGCGGCGGCUGCGGCCGCUGCCCUGCACCCCGCGCUCGGCGCCUACGAGCAGGCGGCCGGUUACCCGUUCAGCGCGGGGCUGCCCCCGGCCGCCUCCUGCCCGGAGAAGUGCGCUCUGUUCAACAGCGUCUCCUCCAGCCUCUGCAAACAGUGCACGGAGAAGCCUUAAACACACCCCAGAAACACAAAAACACCAAUACAACCACCAAACAUCAGACCGACCCAAAAGCUAGAGGAAAGCAACAAGCUGCUCCCCGUCCUUUAUUUUGGUCCUCUCUUAGUUUUGCUUUCUUUCUUUCUUUUUUUUUUAAACAGUUGCAGGACAAACAAAGCAGAGGCAAGAACUGAAAAGUAUCUGAGACAAAUUGAACUUUCAAGCUGUGACAUCCUCAGCA